AUGGCGGCCCUCAGACCUCUGGUGAAGCCCAAGAUCUUUAAAAAGAGUACCAAAAAGUUCAUCUGGCACCAGUCAGACCAAUGCAUCAAAAUUAAGCACAACUGGCAAAAACCCAGAAGCAUUGACAAUAGGGUGCACAGAAGAUUCAAAAGCCAGAUCUUGAUGCCCAGCUUUGGUCAUGGGAGCAACAAGGAAACAAAGCACCUGUUGCCCCCUGGCUUCUGGAAGUUCCUAGUCCACAAUGUCACGGAGUUUGAAGUGUUCCUGAUGUGCAACAGAUCUUACUGUUCAGAGAUUGCUCACAAUAUCUCCUGUAAGAACCACAAAGCCAUUGUGGAAAGAGCGGUCCCACUGGCCUUCAGAGUCACCAAUCUCAAUGCCAGGCUGUGCAGGGAAGAAAGUGAACAGGCAGACAGCUUAUGUGCCCAUUGUAUUGGGGUUAAUAAAACCAUAAAAUUACAAAAAAAAAAAAAAAACAAAGAAGGUGCUGAUCUAGGGCAGACUUUAACCUGA